AUGCAGACCGGCACCGUGAAGUCCUACAACGCGCACAAGGGAUGGGGCUUCGUGGAGUGCAAUGGCCAAGAUAGCUUCCUUUACAAGAAGGAACUCAAAGGCCAGUGCCCAACAGCUGGUGAUCAGGUGUCCUUCAUGGUGGGAACUUCUGAGAAGGGUACCAUAGCAACGGACGUCAAAGUCCUGGUCCCAGCAGAAGAGGCCUUCUACUUCGGAGAGAUCAAGCGCUUCAACCCGGUGAAGGGCUACGGCUUCAUCUCCUGUGAGGCUUUCCCCGACCAGGACGUCUUUGUGCUGAAGAGCGAGCUGCCCCAAGGGUUUGGGCCGGAGGGUGGGCAUUGCAAGUUCCGGGUGGUCAAGGAGGAGAAGGGCCCAGCGGCCAAGCAGCUCCUCGGCGCCGAGACAGCUCGCUGGGGCUUUAUUGAGUGCAAUGGACAGGACACCUUUGUGAACAAGAAGGAUUUGAAGGGCCAUUGCCCAUCCAAAGGACACCAGGUGAAGUUCGAGAUUUCUCAGACGGAGAAAGGUGCGCAAGCCACCAAUGUAGAGGUCCUAGUCUCAGAUGAAGAGAAAGCAUACUUCGGGGAGAUCAAGAGCUUCAAUCCGUCCAAAGGCUAUGGCUUCAUCUCGUGCGAGGCUUUUCCGGACAAGGACAUUUUCGUGCUGAAGUCCGAGCUGCCCGGUGGCUUUGGGCCACAGGGCGGGCUUUGCAAGUUCAAGGUGAGCCACGAAGACAAGGGGCCCUCAGCCAAGGAGGUGACUUUGUUGGGCUCUGCUGGCAACCAAGUCCAGCAGAUGAAAGCCAUGGGCUAUGGAUACUAUGGCAAGGGGGACUGGGGUAGCUCGGGGGGUUGGGGGAAGGGAUGGGGCGGCAAGGGCGACUCCUGGGGAGGCAAGGGCUGGGGAGGUUACGACAUGUCAUGGGGCGUGCCCAUGCAGAUGCCCAUCCCAUGGGGGAAGGGCUACGGGAAAUCCUACGGCUGGUAGAUGGCCAGACCUGUUCCGCCCGUUCGCGCCUCUGCAGGGAGCCGCAAGAAAGCCGUCUACUUUUGCCCCCGCCGGACGUCCGGGCCGAGAAGAGGAGAGAGG